AUGAGAGAUGAGGCUGCCAGAAGAGAACGUCUUUCUCUUUGGCUACCACCGCCUGGAUACGAUGGCCCUCUCGACAGCAAAGACUACAUGAACCUUGGCUUUACUGUCUAUCGCACAGACUACAGUCCCAGCACAGAUUCACUAUGGGAUCAGCUGCUUUUCGAUCUCAAGUUAAAAUUGAAAGAAUCUAUUGAAGACUGCUUUGAGGAAAAUCGCGAGAUUGAGACUGAGCUUGAGGCUGUUGAGAAAAUGUUGCAGCUGGUGCACUUGGACACUCGUUCUGACAAAGAACUUCUCGAUGGCCUUAAUGAUACUGAGCUACGAAAAGUAUUUAUUGGUGGCAUUGGAGGAAUACCUUUAAAUACAAACAAAUCGAGUCAUCGAGUCUCCUUGUUUGCGGACGCUACUGUCUUCGCAAAGCUUCACAACAACAAAACACCUUGGAUCCGAGCAGUACAAUUGGACUAUGAGCCAGCAAGACAUGAAAUCUGGCGUGAUCCUCGUUUUAUAAAUGAGCGUCAAUAUUUUUGGGGUUGGUUGAAACUAUCACUGAUGGGUUUAUUUGACUUCUGGUCAAUGUUACAAGUUCGAGACCUCUCUCAGCUUGCCCCUGCUAUGGUUACAGAAGAAUCAGCAGCUAUUCUUGAUCGCGGCAAUGAGGUGAAUGAUACUGUAAAUUAG